AUGAGUGCGGUGGCACCACUCGUUGGCGUUGCGUGGGGGGUGGAGCCGAACGUGAAGAGCACCAUAGAGCCCGCCCCGGCGUCUGGGACCUCGGCAGUCACACGGUCCUGGUCACACGUUGACCGUGUGGCGCUCUUCACAACGUUUGCCGCCACCUCCUUUGCGUACUCCUUCUUCGGCAACCCGCUGUUUCUCGCCGUGGCUCGGCAGCAGUGCAGCACGGCGCGGUUGACGGUGCGGCGGGUGCUGCAGGAGGUCUACACGCAACACGGCUACCGGGGCUUAUUCCGCGGCGCCGGGGUGGCUGCCUCGGGGAGUGUUAUUAGCGAACUCGUGUAUUACCUCAUUGUGGAGUACGGAAAGGAACACUUGCCGCUACCAACGAAGGGGCAGCGAAGCCUCAUUGGGGGCUUUGCCGCCGACCUAGUUUCUGGCCCUAUUUUUAAUCCAUUUGCCGUGGUCUCGCAGGUGCAGAUGGUGGCGGAUUCUUGUGGCGGGGAGCACCGCUAUAGAAACGGCUACCACACAACGCGGGUGAUGUUGGCUGAGCAGGGCUGGCGUGCUUUGUUUCGUGGCACACUUUUAACGAUGGUCGUCUCGCCCCUUACCGGGGCAUGGUGGCUUGUCUAUGAACUGCUAAAGCAGAGAGCCUACAGCCUUGCCGCGCGUGCCGCACCCUUAUUGAGGGCUACUACUCCUAUUGGAGUGUGCCAAAAAUUGCCUGUGUGUUGCACCUCCACAAGGGACAACAUUCUUGUUAACUGCGUUGUAGGGGCCCUGUCAAGCGUAGUCAUUGGUGUCCUGGUGAACCCGUUGUAUGUCUUGCGGCUCCGGCUGCAGGUCACGAAAAAGUUGCAGCAUUCACGUUUUCCAGCGUUUUGGAUACUGCGGAGUGUUCUUCGUGAAGAGGGUGUCCAGGCGCUUUUUAAGGGGCUGCGUGGAAACCUGUUUAUGGCGGUCCUUGGCGGCGCGGCCUUUGGGAUGACGUACGAGGGCGCGAAGCAGUUCUCGGACAUCACCGAAGGCGGCUGUGUCGCCCUUAGCACGCAGGGGAACGGGUCCAGAUAA